AUGUUCUCUGUGGGCCAAAUCAUUCUUUUUCUUCUUUUUUUUCUAAAAAGUCUCUCUCUCUCUCUCUCUCUCUCUCUCUCUAUCUAUCUAUCUAUCUAUCUAUCUUUGCUUACUACUACCCAUUCAUUACUUCCUUCUUCACAUUCCUUUCCAUCCCCUCUCUCUAUCACAGUUUUUUUGACUAUCUCUCACUUUUCUUCUUUCCCUCCUUCUCCCUUCUCAUUUUUCUUGCUUUCCCUCCCCCACCCCCGUCAAUCCAAUAUAUCAUACCCUAUUUUACGGGAAAAAAGUCUUUUUAGGCUUACUACUAGCCAUUCAUUAAUUCCUUCUUCACUUUCCUUUCCAUACCUUCUCUCUAUCAUACUUGAACUUGACCAUCCCUCACUUUUCACCUUUCCCUUCUUCUCUCUUCUCCUCUCUCUUGCUUUCCCUUCCACCCGUCAAUUUAAUAUAUCAUCUGUUCUUCUCUCUCGUUCUAUAUCUAUCUAUCUAUCUAUCUAUCUAUCUAUCUAUCUAUCUAUCUAUCCGCAUAUCUAUCUAACUAUUUAUCAAUUUAUCUGUCUAUUAAAAUGUUCUGUUGAUAUUUAUCUCUAUAUAUCUCAUUUUGUUCGCACUUAUCUAUCUAUCUAUCUAUCUAUCUAUCUAUCUAUCUAUCUAUCUAUCUAUCCCUCUGAAUAUUUUCAUUAUCUAUUCAUCUAUCUAUCUAUCCCUCUGAAUAUUUUCAUUAUCUAUCUAUCUAUCUAUCUAUCUAUCUAUCUCAGUCUCUUCCUGCUUAUCUAUCUAUCUAUCUAUCUAUCUAUCUAUCUAUCUAUCUAUCUAUCUCAGUCUCUUCCUGCUUAUCUAUCUAUCUAUCUAUCUAUCUAUCUAUCUAUCUAUCUAUCUAUCUAUCUAUCUAUCUCAGUCUCUUCCUGCUUAUCUAUCUAUCUAUCUAUCUAUCUAUCUAUCUAUCUAUCUAUCUAUCUAUCCAGCCUCUUCCCUUAUCUAUCUAUCUAUCUAUCUAUCUAUCUAUCUAUCUAUCUAUCUCAGUCUCUUCCUGCUUAUCUAUCUAUCUAUCUAUCUAUCUAUCUAUCUAUCUACCGAUGCCGGUUAGUUCCCAUUUAUAUCAGUUUGUUUGUUUCUGUCUAUCUAUCUAUCUAUCUAUCUAUCUAUCUAUCUAUCUAUCUAUCUAUCUAUCUGACUGUCUGUCUGUGA